CGGUAAAACCGCUGCGCCCGUUACCCUCCCCCGGACCCCAGCCAUCGAUUUCCCCCAUCGCUGCCCCCAGGUCCUCUCACCGCGGCCCCGGCAAUAAUCAGACAACAACUCGAAGCUCAUUAUCUUUCGCUCAAUAUUACCCGUGCGGGGGGCAAAGGGAGGAGGCUGUGCCCGCUGAAAACAAAAAAAGAAAAAAGGGAAAAAAAAAAAAAACUCUUCCGGCCAGACUUUGUCACAAGUCCUUGUGCUAACCUCCCCGGAUGGCAGGUUUCACAGCUGGCAGAGGCGGCUCAGCAUCGGAUUGUCAGUGCUCUUCAUGCUGUCCGGAAAGAAGGCUGCCUUGCUCUGUGCAUCUCCCCAGCCAAUAAAAAGCUCCUGUCUACAGCCCUUCCUCAUGCUCCACACGCCAGCGGGCCUGUGAGACACAGAUCCAGCAGAGCCAGGGGCGAGAGGUGCACUGGUGGGUUCUCUGCCUGAACGCGGUGCGCCGUCAUGGGGAAGACCAGCAAGAGCACGGUGGACAUCAACUCUCCCACAGAGGUGAAGCAGGCCGUCCCCUUCGAGGCGCUGGACCCCGCACCCCCUGCUGACGACAAGGGGGAGUUGCCUGAUAGGGGCACCUGGAAGGGAAAGUUUGACUUCCUGCUCUCCUGUGUCGGGUAUGCCAUCGGGCUGGGCAACGUUUGGAGGUUCCCGUACCUCUGCGGCAAGAAUGGAGGAGGAGCCUUUCUGAUUCCUUACUUCCUGACACUGGUGUUUGCUGGGAUUCCUCUCUUCCUGUUGGAAACGGCCCUUGGCCAGUUCACCUCAGUGGGGGGACUGGGUGUAUGGAAGCUUAUUCCUAUGAUGAAAGGUGUUGGUCUGGCAGCAGUUGUCCUGUCCUUCUGGCUAAACAUCUACUACAUUGUCAUCAUUGCCUGGGCUCUUUACUACCUGUUCAACUCCUUCAAAAAGGAGCUUCCAUGGCAAAGCUGUGGUAACCCGUGGAACACCGACAGGUGCUUCUCCAACUACAGCCUCACGGACACAACCAACCUGACCAGCGCCGUCACUGAGUUCUGGGAGCGGAAUAUGCACCAGAUGACCAAUGGAUUGGAGGAGCCGGGGGAGGUGCGCUGGCCCCUGGCGGGUACUCUGGCCCUGGCCUGGAUCCUGGUCUACUUCUCCAUCUGGAAAGGAGUGGAGUGGACUGGGAAGGUGGUGUACUUCUCGGCCACAUACCCUUACUUCAUGCUCUUCAUCCUGUUCUUCCGUGGCAUCACGCUCCCAGGGGCCAAGGAGGGGAUCCUCUUCUACAUCACACCCGACUUCAACAAGCUCAUCAAAUCUGAGGUGUGGCUGGACGCUGCAACACAGAUCUUCUUCUCCUAUGGUUUGGGCCUGGGCUCCCUCAUCGCCCUGGGAAGCUACAACCCUUUCCACAACAACGUGUACAAGGACUCCAUCAUCGUGUGCUGUAUCAACUCCUGCACCAGCAUGUUCGCCGGCUUCGUAAUCUUCUCCAUCGUGGGGUUCAUGUCCUACAUCACCAAGAAGCCCAUCCAAGAGCUGGCAGCAUCAGGUCCCGGCUUGGCGUUUCUGGCCUACCCCCAGGCUGUGACCCAGCUUCCCAUGUCCUCCCUCUGGGCCAUUCUGUUCUUCUCUAUGCUGAUGAUGCUGGGGCUGGACAGCCAGUUCUGUACAGUGGAGGGCUUCAUCACCGCCCUGAUGGAUGAGUACCCCGCAGUGCUGAGGAAGAGGAAGAAGGUGUUCAUUCUGAUAGUGUGUCUGCUGUCCUUCCUCAUCGGCUUCUCCAACAUCACCCAGGGUGGGCUGUAUGUCUUCAAACUGUUUGACUAUUACUCUGCCAGUGGGAUGUGUCUCCUCUUCCUUGUCUUCUUUGAGACUAUCUCCAUAUCCUGGCUUUAUGGGGCAGAAAAAUUCUACGGGAACAUCGAGGAGAUGAUUGGCUACAGACCCUGCCGCUGGUGGAAGCUCUGCUGGAUCUUCUUCACCCCGCUCAUCUGCCUGGGGGUCUUCACGUUCAGCGCCUUUGAGAUGACCCCGCUCACCCUGGGGAAGUACGUGUACCCGGCCUGGGGGCAGGGCAUAGGCUGGAUCAUGUCCCUGUCCUCCAUGGUGCUGGUACCGGGUUACAUCAUCUACAUGUUUGUCACCACCAAAGGGAGCAUCCGACAGAGAUGGCACAAGAUGUCUCGUCCCAAAGAGGACGUCAAACCUCAGGAGAAAAACGAAGCCUCACAUAAGACUUCACUGACCGGGAGCACAGGAGAUGCCUCCGUCUGAACCUCCCUCAGGGCCGCCCGCACAGAGCACAGAACAACAGAGAGAGACCAAUGGGGAGGGGCACAGUCACCCUGCCCUCUGACCAAUGGCGUGCCACCAGCGCAUCACUACGACUACGCCUGUCACCUCCUCGACCACGAGAGGGACGUUGCACAGCAGUAACAGUAAACUUGAUGUUUCCCAAAUCAAAGGGCUACCUUCACUUAAGACCACCUUCACUUCAGACCUCAGAUAUAUUGCUCCUUAUCUUUGCUAAAGCAGGUGUCCAGUCAGCUUGGACCAGUCUGUGGUGUAACCACACACCAGCAGUGUGACAAAUUUAUGUUUGUUCAUAGUAAGUGGGAGUUAAACAAAAAAUUUUCCUGGAUGUAUUUUUAAUGCUUCUGUGAAUAAACACCAUACAGGAUGUGUAGAGUAACUUGGGUCAGCGAUCUGUAACACAAUAUAUAUCUUAGUACCAUGCACUUGAGCCAGUGAAGCAGAGUGAGAGCAGGAGUAUUACAUUUACUACACUAAACAAACAUUUGUGGUUAAUCAGUGUUCUUGUUAAAAAUAUUAUUUAUGAGAAACAAUGACAGUAUGAGAUACUUGUUGCAAACCUAGUGGCCAUGUUGAAAUCUCUUCAUUAACUCAGAACAAAAACUAAUUUGAGGACUUUUGGUGGUUCCUCAGCCAGUUUCAUGUACUUUUGCAAAUUGGAUUGUUGCUCAUUCUUCAAAAGACAUCCCUUCUCACUUAGGUAUGCACCCUAUACAUUUAGCUGCACAAUAUGCUGAUUGGUGUCUUACAGUGGCUCAUAUGGAGAUGGCAAAAGAGGAUUUUGAAAUCAAUUCAGGUUUGUUCCUUAAUUAUAGAAUGUCACAUGGUAUUGUCACCAGGUCUUUGCAUGUCAAUAUUCACACCUACUAAACUGAAAGGUAAGGAGUAAUUACAUCGAUUUUUAUUUUCUGUGAAGUUAUGCUUUCAACGACAGAGACUUCAUUUGUUCUUAUUCACAUAUGAUUUCAGGUAAUCUUUUCUGUU